ACCUCCUCACACUAUCUCUCACCACUUCUUCCGGUCACACCAGUUACCCUCUCAUCCGUUUUCGUUUUUUUUUUUCCUCUCUUUCAAACAAGAACAAAAAUCUCUCAGCUGAGGUGAUCGAUCUUCUUCUCACUCUUUAGAUUUGUUCUUUUUUUUUUGCAUUUUACACUUUUGGAUCUGAAAAUGUGGUUCUCUGUUUCGGCCAUUACCGAUUAGUUUCAGUUCUGUUCUUCUUUCUACCGAUCGCUUGCGAUCUUUCGUAUUGGAUCUUUUUUCAUCUCCAGUUCCGUGAAGGAUGUGUGGUCUUGCUAAGAAGGUGGAUACAGAUAAUACUUUGACAUCACUUUCAGACCAAGAGAAUGAAUCUUUGGCCAAAUCCAUGAAUGAUGUUGCUGAGUGGGAACAUUCGUUUUCUGCCUUGCUUGAGUUUGCUGCUGACAACGAUGUGGAUGGGUUUAAGCGGCAACUCUCUCUUGUGUCUUGUAUCAACCAGAUGGGUCUUUGGUACAGACGCCAGAGGUUUGUUAGAAGAAUGGUUGUUGAGCAAAGAACCCCCCUCAUGGUUGCUUCGAUAUAUGGGAGUUUAGAUGUUGUGAAGUUUAUUCUAUCUUUCCCUGAAGCGGAGUUGAAUCUGUCUUGUGGUCCAGAUAAAAGUACUGCUCUUCAUUGCGCUGCUUCUGGUGCUUCUGUGAAUGCCUUGGAUGUUGUCAAGUUGCUUUUGAGUGCUGGAGCAGAUCCUAAUAUCCCUGAUGCUCAUGGGAAUCGUCCUGUUGAUGUUCUUGUUGUGUCUCCACACGCUCCUGGUUUGAGAACCAUCCUUGAAGAGAUCUUGAAGAAAGACGAGAUUAUAUCUGAAGAUCUGCAUGCGUCUUCAUCUAGCUUGGGAUCAAGUUUCCGGUCUCUCUCGUCAUCACCAGAUAAUGGCUCCUCGUUGCUCUCUUUAGAUUCAGUAUCCUCUCCGACUAAGCCAAACGGUACUGAUGUGACUUUCGCAUCAGAGAAAAAAGAGUACCCAAUUGAUCCAUCAUUGCCCGACAUCAAAAGUGGGAUUUAUUCCACAGAUGAGUUUCGUAUGUUCUCGUUUAAGAUCCGCCCAUGUUCUCGAGCUUAUUCCCAUGACUGGACCGAAUGUCCAUUUGCACACCCAGGUGAGAAUGCUAGGAGAAGAGACCCGAGGAAGUUUCACUAUACCUGUGUUCCAUGCCCGGAUUUUAAGAAGGGAUCCUGUAAACAAGGUGAUAUGUGUGAAUAUGCUCAUGGAGUGUUUGAAUGCUGGCUACACCCUGCUCAAUACAGAACACGAUUGUGCAAGGAUGGGAUUGGCUGCAACCGAAGGGUUUGCUUCUUUGCUCACGCAAAUGAAGAGUUGCGUCCUUUGUAUCCUUCCACUGGAUCCGGAUUGCCAUCUCCUCGGGCUUCUUCUGCUGUUUCUGCCUCUACUAUGGACAUGGCGUCAGUUUUGAACAUGUUACCAGGCUCACCAUCUGCUGCUCAACAUUCGUUCACCCCACCGAUAUCUCCUUCUGGAAAUGGUAGUAUGCCCCAUUCAUCGAUGGGUUGGGCUCAACAGAACAUACCGGCGUUGAAUCUUCCUGGAAGCAAUAUCCAGUUGAGUCGUCUGAGAUCUUCUCUCAACGCUAGAGAUAUUCCUUCUGAGCAGCUUAGCAUGCUGCAUGAGUUUGAAAUGCAACGUCAGCUUGCUGGAGAUAUGCACAGUCCACGCUUUAUGAAUCAUUCCGCUCGUCCCAAGACACUGACCCCUUCGAAUCUGGAGGAACUGUUCUCAGCUGAGGUUGCAUCUCCUCGUUUCUCUGAUCAACUUGCUGUCUCAUCUGUUCUAUCGCCUUCCCACAAAUCCGCACUUCUUAAUCAGCUGCAGAAUAAUAAGCAGAGCAUGCUUUCUCCUAUUAAGACAAAUCUAAUGUCUUCUCCAAAGAAUGUGGAGCAACAUUCUCUUCUGCAACAAGCCUCGUCACCUCGAGCCGGGGAGCCUAUUUCCCCAAUGAACGCUCGAAUGAAACAGCAGCUACAUUCACGUAGCCUCAGCUCCCGUGAUUUUGGAUCCAGUCUGCCCCGUGAUUUAAUGCCGACUGAUUCUGGUUCGCCACUAAGUCCAUGGUCAAGUUGGGACCAGACCCAUGGAAGCAAGGUGGAUUGGUCAGUCCAAUCAGAUGAGUUGGGUCGGUUGAGAAAAUCUCAUUCCUUGGCUAAUAACCCAAACAGGGAAGCAGAUGUUUCAUGGGCUCAGCAGAUGUUAAAAGACUCUGCAUCACCUAGGAACGGGAACCGAGUCGUGAACAUGAACGGUGCAAGGCCAUUGACUCAAGGUGGUUCGAGUGUGAAUCCUCACCACAGUGACACUCGUGAGAGCGACAUUCUCGAUGCGUGGCUUGAGCAGCUGCAGCUAGAUCGCUGAGCCUCAGGGGAGAGAGAGGUUCACAUUUCUGUGAAGCUGUGAAACUGAUGAUUCGUUUAUUUUAUUAUUCAAGAAAGCAAACGGAACAAAUUCCGGGUAAGCGCUUUUUCGAUUCUAAUAACCCUAAAAGGCUCAGUUUUUUCAGGCUUCUUUCUGAAAUUUCUUUACUUUCUUAUUUUUAUCACCUCAUUAAUUUAAUUAUUGUAUCUCUGUUGUAACAAUGGCCAAAGUGUUCCUCUUUGCCUCUAUUACUUCCCGUAUUUCUGAUUUACAUUUUUUGUAUUCUCUCAGUUUGUCAAUUGUUUCUAAUAUCUCUUUCAUAUUUGUCAAAGAACAUUGUAUGAGAAAUAAUAAUAACAUAUUGUUUCAGCUAA